AGGGCCUGGGGCAGUGGGCUGGGGCAGGUAGGGCAAGGCAGGGCCAGGCCCAGGUGCUUAGCCCCCUGGAGAUGGCAGCCCAGAGUACAGGACCAGCCUGGUGCUGGCAUUUAGUGUCGCGAGGCCAAAGGGUUGGUGGGGGUUGGGGGGAUGGCGUUGGACUCUCUUCCAUGCCCAGAUGGAGUUCUAGCCCUGGCAGGAGGCCAUGGCUGGCCUGGGGCUCCCACACUGUCCAGGGGGCCUGAGGGCCAUGGGUAGGGGUGCUCUGCAGGAGACACACUGGGUAAGGACAGGCCAGGGGCUGGGAGACUGGAGAGCCUGGCUCCCUGCCUGUGGCUCUGCCCUCAAGGCUCUGCUUGGGCUGGGCUGACCCUUGGAACCCGGGGUGGGCAGAAGGACUGUGGCCAAGAGGCGGAGGUGGGGUGCCUGCUGCAGGGAGGCGGUGCUAUACCAAGUCCAAGCUGCAGAUUUCCUCACAAGGCUCUCCCCUCGGGCCUUGAGUUUCGUUACAAUGUUGGAGUGCCUCUUUUACCAGGGCUGCCACCCAGGAGUUGGCCCUGCUCAUCUCCCGCAUGCAGGCCAAUGCUGACCAGGUAGAGAGGGACAUUCUGGAGACCCAGAAGAGACUGCAGCAGGACCGGCUGCACAGCGAGCAGAGCCAGGCCCUGCAGCACCGGCAGGAAGUGGGGCGCAGCCUGAAGGAGGCUGAGGUGCUGCUGAAAGACCUCUUCCUGGAUGUGGAUAAGGCGCGGCGGCUCAAGCACCCACAGGCCGAGGAGAUUGAGAAGGACAUCAAGCAGCUGCACGAGCGAGUGACCCAGGAGUGUGCUGAGUACCGCGCCCUGUAUGAGAAGAUAGUGCUGCCACCCGAUGUGGGGCCCAGGGUUGACUGGGCGCGUGUGCUGGAGCAGAAACAGAAGCAGGUCUGCGAGGGCCAGUACGGGCCAGGCAUGGCAGAGCUGGAGCAGCAGAUUGCGGAGCACAACAUCCUGCAGAAGGAGAUUGAGGCCUACGGGCAGCAGCUCCGGAACCUCAUUGGGCCGGACGCAGCUACCAUCAGGAGCCAAUACCGGGACCUCCUGAAGGCAGCCUCGUGGCGCGGCCAGAGCCUGGGCAGCCUGUACACGCACCUGCAGGGCUGCACGCGCCAGCUGAGUGCCCUGGCCCAGCAGCAGCAGGGCAUCCUGCAGCAGGACUGGAGCGACCUCCUGGCGGACCCCCAGGGCGUGCGGCGGGAGUAUGAGCACUUCAAGCAGCAGGAGCUGCUGAGCCAGGAGCAGAGUGUGAACCAGCUGGAGGAUGACGGGGAGCGCAUGGUGGAGCUGGGGCAUCCGGCUGUGGGGCCCAUCCAGACCCACCAGGAGGCCCUGAAGAUGGAAUGGCAGAACUUUCUAAACCUCUGCAUCUGCCAGGAGAGCCAGCUGCAGCACGUGGAGGCCUACCACCGGUUCCAGGAAGAGGCCGACUCCGUGAGCCAAACCCUGGCGAAGCUGAACUCCAGCCUGGACACCCAGUACAGCCCAGCCCCUGGGGCGCCCCCUGGCGCCCUCACGGAGCUGCUGCAGCAGCUGGAGGCAGAGAAGAAGCACCUGGCUGUCACUGAGAAGACCAUUAGGGACCUGCAGCGGCAGAGCCAGCAGGUGGCCCCUCUGCAGCAGCGCAGAAACCCACCCCAGCAGCCCCUGCACGUGGAUAGCAUCUGCGACUGGGACUCAGGAGAAGUGCAGCUGCUGCGGGGAGAACGGUAUUUGCUGAUGGACAACACUGACCAGCACACCUGGGUCGUUCAGGGCCCAGAUGGGGAGACCAAACGUGCCCCAGCCGCCUGCUUCUGCAUCCCAGCUCCGGACCCUGACGCUGUGGCCAGGGCCUCCAAGCUGGCGUCGGAGCUGCAGGCCCUGAAGCAGAAAUUGGCCGCAGUUCAGAGCGAGCUGGCGGCCUGUGCUGAGCAGCCCUUACAGACCGGCCAGCAGGCUCCCACUGGCUCAGCCCCAGAAGACCCACAGGCCCAGAAGCUCCUGACACAGAUGACCCAGCUGGAUGGAGACCUGAAGCAGAUAGAGAGGCAAGUGCUGGCCUGGGCCCGGACCCCGCUGAGCCGCACGACACCCCUGGAAGACCUGGAGGGCCGCAUCCAGAGCCAUAAGGGCACAGCCCAGCGGCUGCAGGGCCUGGGAGCAGAGAAAGAAACAGCCCAGCAGGAGUGUGAGGCGUUGCUGUCCGCCCGGCCUGGGGGCCCCGCUACCCUGCAGCUGCCUGUGGCCCUCAACAGUGUCAAGAACAAGUACAGCGACGUGCAGAUUCUUUGCAACCUUUACGGGGAGAAAGCCAGAGCUGCCUUGGGUCUGGAGCGCCAGAUCCAGGAAGCGGACAGGGUCAUCCGAGGCUUCGAGUCCACUGUGGCGCAGGAGGGCCCCAUCCCCGCCAGCCCCGGGGCACUGCAGGAGAGGGUCAACGAGCUGCAGCGCCUGCGGAGGGAGCUGCUCGAAAAGCAGGCCUGUGUGCUAGGGCUGCACCGCGAGCUGAAGGCCACUGAGCAUGCAUGCAGCGCCCUGCAGAACAACUUCCAGGAGUUCUGCCAAGACCUGCCUCGCCAGCAGCGCCAGGCCCGGGCCCUUACCGACCGCUACCACGCUGUGGGGGACCAGCUGGACCUGCGGGAGAAGAUGUUGCAGGAUGUUGGCCUCACCUACCAGCAGUUCAAGAAUUGCUUGGACAAUCUGAGCUUCUGGCUGGAAAACCUGCCCCGCAAUGAAGUGCGGCCCAGCGACGGGCCCAGCCAGCUCGCCUACAAGCUGCAGGCGCAGAAGAGGCUGCAGCAGGAGAUCCAGGGCCGAGAGCAGGACAGGGCCAUGGCAAUCCGCCUCUCCCAGGACCUGCAGGCAGCUCUGCAGGACUAUGAGUUGCAGGCAGACACCUACCGUUGCUCCCUAGAGACCACCACUCAGGUAGGGUCAGCCCCCAAGAGACCCCGAGUGGCUCCCCUGCAGGAGAGCAUCCAGGAGCAGGAGAAGAGCGUGACAAAGGCCUAUACUGAGGUUGCGGCUGCACACCAGCAGCAGCUGCACCAGCUGGAGUUUGCCAGAAGGAUGCUGGAGAAGAAGGAGCUCAGUGAGGAUGUCCAGGUGACCCAUGAUGCACAGCAGGGGUCUGAGAGCCCAGCCCAAGCAAGGAAGGAGUCAGAGGCCCUAAAGUCCCAGCUGGAGGAGGAGAGGAAGCGGGUGGCCCAGGUGCAGCAACAGCUGGAGGAACAGCGGAACCAGCUGCUGCAGCUGAGAACCCAGCGCCCCUUGGAGAGGCUAGAAGAGAAGGAAGUGGUGGAGUUUUACCGGGACCCCCAGCUGGAGAGCAGCCUGUCCAGGGUGAAGUCCCAGGUAGAGGAGGAAGGCAAGAAGCGGGCCGGCCUGCAGGCGGACCUGGAGGCAGCAGCCCAGAAGGUCGUCCAGCUGGAGAGCAAGAAGAGGGCCAUGCAGCCUCACCUGCUGACCAAGGAGGUAACCCAGAUUGAGAGGGACCCCGGCCUGGAGAGCCAGGCAGCCCAGCUCAGCAGCGAGAUCCUGCAGCUGCGGGGGGAGAAUGCCACCGUCUCGGCCCGGCUCGAGGUGCUAAAGAAGGAGCUGCUGGCCCUGGAGCAGAAGGAGCCGAACGUGAAGGAGAGGAUCGUGGUGAAAGAAGUGGUCAAGGUGGAGAAGGACCUGGAAAUGCUUAAGGCAGCCCAGGCCCUCCGGCUGCAGCUGGAGGAGGACUCUGUGCGGAGGAAGGGGGCGGAAGAGGCUGUGGCCAAGCUGCGGGCACGCAUUGAAGAGCUAGAGCGGGCGAUCGGUGCUGUGGAGCCCAAGGUGAUCGUGAAGGAGGUGAAGAAGGUGGAGCAGGACCUGGGCCUCCUGGAAGAGGCGUCCAGGCUGAGGAACCUCCUGGAGGAGGCCAGGAGCAGGAACGCCACGCUGGCGCGCGAGCUGGAGGACCUGCGGGGCAAGUACAGCGUGGUGGAGAAGCAGAAGCCCAAAGUGGAGCUCCAGGAGCGCGUCCACGAGACCUUCCAGGUGGCUCCGGAGACGCAGCAGGAGAUGGCACGGCUCCGGGCCCAGCUGCAGGACACGGCCAGCAAGAGGAGCGGCGUGGAGAAGGAGCUGGAGGGGCUGCUGCCCGAGCUGGCCGCCCUCCGUGCCCAGAAGCCCGCGGUGGAGUACAAGCAGGUGACGCAGGAGGUGGUGAAGCACGAGAGGAGUCCCGAGGUGCUGCGGGAGAUCGACCGCCUGAAGGCCCAGCUGAAUGAGCUGGUCAACGGCAGCGGGCGGGCCCAGGAGCAGCUCAUCCGGCUGCAGGGGGAGCGCGACGAGUGGAAGCGGGAGCGGUCCAAGGUGGAGACCAAGACGGUGAACAAGGAGGUGGUGCGCCACGAGAAGGACCCUGUCCUGGAGAAGGAGGCUGAGCGGCUGCGCCAGGAGGUUCGAGAAGCCACCCAGAGGAGGCGGGCCACCGAGGACCUGGUCUCCGAGCUGCAGAACCGGUACCUGCUGCUGGAGAGGAGGCGGCCCGAGGAGAGGGUGGUGGUGCAGGAGGUGGUGGUCACCCAGAAGGACCCGAAGCUCCGAGAGGACCACGGCCGGCUGAGCCAGAGCCUGGACGAGGAGGCGGGCCGGCGGCGGCAGCUGGAGCGGGAGGUGCAGCAGCUCCGGGCUGGCGUGCAGGAGAAGGAGAGCCUGCUCAGCUUCCAGGAGGACCGGACCAAGAAGCUGGCCGUGGAGAGGGAGCUGCGGCAGCUGACCCUGCGGAUCCAGGAGCUCGAGCAGCGGCCUCCCGCGGUGCAAGAGAAGAUCAUCAUGGAGGAGGUGGUCAAGCUGGAGAAAGACCCGGAUCUGGAGAAGUCCACAGAAGCCCUGCGGCAGGACCUGGAGCAGGAGAAGACCCGGGUGACAGAGCUGCAUCGGGAGUGCAAGAACCUGCAGGUGCAGAUCGACGUCCUCCAGACCACGAAAUCGCAGGAGAAGACCAUCUACAAGGAAGUGAUCCGGGUAGAGAAGGACCGGGUGCUGGAGGGCGAGCGGUCCCGGGCGUGGGAGGCGCUCAACCGGGAGCGCGGGGCCCGGCAGAGCCGGGAGGAGGAGGUGCGGCACCUCCGGCAGCGGCUGGACGGGGCCGAGGCGCUGAGGAGGACCCGGGCCCGCGAGGAGGCUGAGCUCCAGAGGUCCCGGGCCCAGGCGGACCAGGAGCACCGGCAGCUGCGGCAGGAGCUGCGGGAGCUGGAGAGGCGGAAGCAGCAGAGGGCGCUGCACCUGCAGGAGGAGGCGAAGCUGCUCAGCCAGAGGACGGACGGCGAGCGGCAGAAGGCGGCCCAGCGGGGCCAGGAGCUCUCGCAGCUCGAGGCGGCCAUCCUCCGCGAGAAGGACCAGAUCCACGAGAAGGAGAGGACGCUGCGCGACCUCCGCGCCAGGGUGAGCAGGGAGGAGCUCAACCAGGAGACCCAGACGCGAGAGACCAACCUCUCCACCAAGAUCUCCAUCUUGGAACCCGAGACGGGGAAGGACAUGUCCCCGUAUGAGGCCUACAAGCAGGGCAUCAUCGAUCGGGGCCAGUACCUCCAGCUCCAGGAGCUCGAGUGUGACUGGGAGGAGGUCACCACCUCGGGCCCCUGCGGCGAGGAGUCCGUGCUCCUGGACCGCAAGAGCGGGAAGCAGUACUCCAUCGAGGCGGCCCUGCACUGCCGGCGCAUCUCCAAGGAGGAGUACCACCUCUACAAGGACGGCCAGCUGCCCAUCUCCGAGUUCGCGCUGCUCGUGGCAGGGGAGACCAAGCCCUGCUCCUCGCUCUCCAUUGGCUCCAUCAUCUCCAAGUCCCCGCUCGCCUCCCCAGCCGCCCAGGGCUCCGGUUUCUUCUCCAGCGGCUCCCUUGGGCUCAGCGAUGACAGCUUCCCCAUCGCUGGCAUCUACGACACGACCACGGACAACAAAUGCACCAUCAAGACGGCCAUGGCCAAGAACAUGCUGGACCCCAUCACGGGGCAGAAGCUGCUGGAGGCCCAGGCGGCCACAGGGGGCAUCGUGGACCUCCUCAGCCGGGAGCGCUACUCCGUGCACAAGGCCAUGGAAAGGGGGCUGAUCGAGAACACCUCGACGCAGAGGCUGCUCAACGCCCAGAAGGCCUUCACCGGCAUCGAGGAUCCCGUCACCAGGAAGAGGCUGUCGGUGGGCGAGGCCGUGCAGAAGGGCUGGAUGCCGCGGGAGAGCGUGCUCCCACACCUGCAGGUCCAGCACCUGACCGGGGGACUCAUCGACCCCAAGAGGACCGGCCGCAUCCCUGUCCCUCAGGCCGUGCUCUCCGGAAUGAUCAGUGAAGAGCUGGCCCAGCUCCUGCAGGAUGAGUCCGGCUAUGAGAAGGAUUUGACAGACCCCAUCUCCAGGGAGCGGAUGAGCUACAAGGAGGCCAUGGGGCGCUGCCGGAGAGACCCCCUGAGCGGCCUGCUGCUGCUCCCAGCCACGCUGGAGGGGUACCACUCCUACCGCUCCGCCUCCCCCAGGGCGCUGCGCUCGCUGCGCUGACACUGACGGGGCCCAGCAGUCCUGGGGAGCGGGGGCAGGGGAGGUUGGGCCACCGGGACCCCUCACCCCAGAGCGGCCUGAUCCGAGGGGGCAGGUCUUCCCUCUGAGGCAGAGCUAUAUUACUCAGAGGUUUCUGGUGUUGGGCCCCUCCCCUAACUUUGGUGCCCAGUCCAUCCCCAGACCCAGAGAUCGGCACAUCUGUUUUUCCUCCCCUCCUCCGCACCCAGUGCUUCCAAUAAACAAAUUUGCCCAGUG